AUGUUAGAAACCAUCAAGAGCUGGUUCCAGUCAACCCAGGAGCCCGUGGCUGAGAAUAAAUGGGACGCCAAUACGGUGACUAUGCAGCAACCAAACUGCCCUACUGCCCCAGCCAUGAGUCAGACCGUCUCUGAGCAGCCAGGAUCCUCCGAUUCCAUGGGCGUCCAUAUGCGUGGCGGUGACAUGGGUGAGGACAUUUGUUGUGGACUCUGUGCCGGACUCUGUUGCUUCGAGUGUUGUAAGUGCUGUUGUGAUGAUGGCGAUCCCCCAAUGGGUGGCCCUCCUGGACCUCCCUAGAUGUUCUGUCAAUGUCCUGUUUCUCCUCUUGUAUAACACCGUUUGACUAGCAAUACUGUUGCAAUUUUUUAAAGAACUUAGAUCCGCUACUGGC